AUGAUCACCCCCGCCAAAGCCAUCAAACGGCAAAGGCGAGAUGGGGAUGAGCCAAUGAGCCACGACUCCGUGAAGCUGAUCAAGUUCGCGGACGACACCACCCUCAUUGGACUCAUCUCCAACAACGAUGAGUCCGCCUACAGGAGGGAGGUGGACCGGCUGGUGUCCUGGUGCAGUGGUAACAACCUGGAGCUGAACGCCCAGAAGACAGUGGAGAUGAUUGUGGACUUCAGGAAGAGCACUGUCCCCCCGCCCCCACCCUCCGUGAUGGACUCCCCCAUCACCUCUGUGGAGUCCUUCCGUUUCCUGGGCACCACCAUCACCCAGGACCUCAAGUGGGAGCCGACCAUCAGCUCCCUCAUCAAGAAGGCCCAGCAGAGGAUGUACUUCCUGCGGCAGCUCAGGAAAGCCAAGCUGCCUGCACAGAUGUUGGUGCAGUUCUACACGGCCAUCAUCGAGUCCAUCCUCACCUCCUCCAUCACCGUGUGGUUCGCUGGAGCCACAGUCAGGGACAAACAGAGACUACAGCGCAUUGUGCGCUCUGCAGAGGAAGUGAUCGGCCGCAGCCUUCCAUCGCUGCAGGACCUUCUGGUGCUGGCCUCGCUGCAACCAAAACAAGUACGAAUGCACCCCUCGUCCCCCUAUUUAGAUUCGCCGCAUAUUGUUUUCUAG